AUGACAUGUUUCACCGGCAAGCCACAAUUAUGGGACCUAAUGACAGCCCAUAUCAAGGUGGUGUAUUCUUUUUGACAAUUUAUUUUCCUAUAGACUACCCCUUCAAACCACCUCAGGCUGCAUUUACAACAAGAAUUUAUCAUCCAAAUAUGAACAGUAAUGGCAGCAUUUGUCUUGAUAUUCUAAGGUCACAGUGGUCUCCUGCUUUAACUAUUUCUAAAGUUCUUUUAUCCAUUUGUUCACUGCUAUGUGAUCCAAACCCAGAUGACCCCCUAGUACCAGAGAUUGCACGGAUCUAUAAAACAGACAGAGAUAAGUACAACAGAAUAUCUCGGGAAUGGACUCAGAAGUAUGCCAUGUGAUGCUACCUUAAAGUCAGAAUAAGCUGCAUUAUAGCUGGAAUAAACUUUAAAUUACUGUUUCUUUUUUGAUUUCUUAUCUGGCUCUGCUCCCCUAUCAGACCUCAUCUUUUUAUUUAUUUUAUUUUUUGUUUACCUCCCUCCAUUCAUUCACAUGCUCAUCUGAGAAGACUUAAGUUCUUCCAGCUUUGGACAAUAACUGCUUUUU